AUGGACAGCGCGGUUCAGUACACAUCAUAUCUCGGCCACGCCGCGCUCGAUGCACUGAGCCCCCUCGCCGUCUCACUGCCCAUCAGUGAGUAUGUCACCGAAGCCACCGUCACGACCAUGUACACCAAGCUCAUUGCGAUCGGCUGGAUCCUUGUUUCCAAGCUCGCGGUGGCCAUUACCUUGCAGUGCUACAUCAAGUACCUUGGCCGCACCGACGACACCAAGGCGCACCGGACCGCGCUUGUCGUGGCGCUGCACGGCAGCAGCAGCGAGCAACUACUCACGCUUUACGAGGGUCGACGGCAACUGCCAGGUGCCAUCGUCGCAGCCGUGGCCAUGGGUCUCCUGUCACAACUCGCUGACCUCGCCGUGCCGCUCUUGGUGAGCUCGGUCGUCGUCGCAAGCGAGAUGAAGAGCGACGGCUCCGACUCCUUUGUGCGCGACCACAUGCUCUCUUACGACCCCGAGUUGGGCGUCGAUUUCAACCUCUCAAUGACUUUGCACAAAUCGAUCCAGAGCAGCAACAUGGUGUCGUCCAUCUCGAGCUCCAUGGUCGAGUUAGCGGCGGCCGGUGUCUUUGCCGUCGCCAACAGGAACCGAACGUGGACACCGCGCCAUGGCAACCGCACACUGACCGUCGCGCCAUCGCUCGUCCUUCAAAGCGAUGCUUUCACUGGCAUUUACGUGCACCCGGGCGUCCAAAGGGUCAUCGACGGCACGGUCGCCAAUGGGUCGAGUCGGCAAGCACUCGAGUUUCUGACGCCGGCGCUUCUCGUCUCGCACCGGUGUGGCCUUGUCCACUUAGAAGAUGCGGCAACGCCGGCACGACUGAACAAAACCGAUCCGUCGAGCUACCCGUCGUGGUUUGCAGCAGCCAUGGGCGAGCCGUGGCCACCGCAGAUGCUCUACAACAGCUCGGGCACGGCCAACGCAAGUCUGAUCUAUCUCAGCGGCAUCACGACACCCGACAACAUUGGUCUUGACGUCUCGACAUCGGUGCCGAAUGCAGCCAACGAGCUGCUCUUUGGGGCGAUUCGAACUGUGAACGCAACGUACGCGCUGCCAACGACACCGGUCGCUGCCCUCCUCGGGUACGACUGCCCGGGCACCGUAGUCACGGGGUUUCUUCGCAUCCAUAUCAACGCAACCGACGUCCAUGUUUUGUCGAUCGAAAACCAAACGGCAAUCUCCAACCUCGGAAGCGCGCCAAAAUCUGCUGCCACCAAAGAUUCGGACAAGUAUGAACUGACGUACAAUGACGUCGUCACGUCGGGGGGCAUGGUCCUCGGUGCGCCUGUCUACUGCGGGUGGUUCCUCCUACAAUUGCAGUGUGGCAACUGCACGCCAGGUAUCGAGAGCCUCGCACAAUUGCUCGGCCUCGCCGUGACGCUGGAAGGGACCAUGCAAGGCGCGCACUGGAUAUCGGUGGGCGGGACUCAGUCGGCGCUGGCGGCCGUGUCGCCCGUGUACUACGCUGGACGAGACGUGUACGUGCUGCGGGUUGUUGCCAACUCGGCGCUCCUCGUCGCCGUUGGUAGUCUUGUGGUGCUUUUGACGGCGAUGUACGUUCUCGGCGUUGUCCAAGGGCGACGCACCGAAGGUCUCGAGGAUCUCACGGAGCUCCGGUCGUUUCGAAAGUGGGAUGGAGCGGGCGCUACGGUGCUCGGCCACGACGCGUACCUCACGAUUGCACCCCACCACGCAUAGAGCUUCUAACGACGACGACGACGGAUCGUAAUGCUAUUUACUCGCAGA